GAUAAAGAACCAGAUAUAGAGCUGAGAAAAAAGCAAAUCUAAAAAUCAUGCACACAUUUGAUAUUUCUGCCACAAUAUGACAGUGGUGCAGGAACAAGAAAAAUAGCCCAUUAAAAUUUAAAAAAAAAUGUUAUCCUUCUGAACACAAACUGUAUUUAAUAUAUGAAGUUGAUGCCAUGCCUUAAAACUCUUCGAACUGCACAGACAAUAAUUAUUCCUGUAUACAAUGGUUCAAGAUGGGUAGAUGAAUGUUUCCAGUCAAUAGUUAAUCAAACAUACAAAACUAAAUUUCAAGUCUCUGUGUACAAUGAUGGAAGUAAGGACAAUUCACUUGAACUAAUUGAAAAAUGGAGAACAGCUUUUUUAGAGAGAGACAUAGAUCUGUGUAUCACAGGACAUGAUGAUCAGUCACCAAGGGGAGUUGGAUGGUCUAAGAACAAAGCAGUUGAAAACAGUGCUGGGCAGUUCCUUUGUUUUCUGGAUAUUGAUGAUGUGAUGGAUAAAGACAGGUUACUAAAACAAUAUCAAGCAGCUAAGUCACAAGAUAAUGUGAUUGUGGGAUGUAGAUUCCACAGAGAACCAGUUGGGUCUACAGAAAGAUACACAAGAUGGGCUAAUAAUUUACUUCAGGGGAAAUUAACAACACAGAUUUAUACAUCCCAUGGCCCAACAGUAAUUAUGCCUACAUGGUUCUGCUCUAGAAAUGUGUUUGAUAAAAUUUGUGGAUUUGAUGAAGGAGGAAAGGGUGUUCCAGAAGAUCUGAUAUUUUUUUACAAGCACCUAGACCUUGGUGGAACAGUACUGAGAAUAGAUGAAGAUCUAUUAAUGUAUCGCUAUCAUCAGACAUCAGCUACAUUCUCUGUGAAAGAAGAGACGAUAUGGAACAUUAGACUUGAACAUCUACAGAAGCAAGUGCUAUCUGUGUUAUCCGAGUAUACAAUCUGGAAUGCUGGAAAGCAAGGGAGAAAGUUUUUCCGUUCUCUCUCAACUGAUAAUCAGAACAAGGUAAAAUCUUUCUGUGAUGUUGAUGAAAAGAAAAUUCAGAAAGGGUAUUACACUUUUGAAGAAUCAAAGAUAAAACCAAAACCAAAGAUUCCAAUAGUUCAUUAUACAAAGGCCACACCUCCAUUCAUUAUCUGUCUGAAACUGGAUAUGACAGAUGGAGAAUUUGAGAAGAAUUUGGCAUCCAUGAAUCUUACUGAAGGUACUGACUAUUUCUUGUUCUCCUGAUGAAUGAACAUGUCACCAGUGGAUAAUACUGUGAAUUAUUCCUCAAUCACCAAGGAAUCCAAGAUCAAUUAUCAAUCCUUCAAAUAAGGAAGUGGAAAGGGAGAUAAUCCAAAGAGUAUACAGGUAGCAGUUGCAGAAGCUUAGAUCGUUGUUCAACUGAAAACUCAUUAUGGGAUUAACAUUGAUGAAAUUUUUUUGAUUACAAGAAGAAAUGAUGGAGAGGAUACUCAAUAAAAAAAUAUCUUUUUUGAUAAUCUUAUAUUGUACAUGUUCACACUUUAACAAUAAGAGUGGAUGAGAUUUCAAAUCAAGUCAAACCUUAAAAAAAAAUCCACAAAUAUUUGUCAAUUAUCUGACUUUUUAACUAAAUAACUAAAACCUAUGAUAUCAGAUGAAUAUGUAAAUCUUGCACUGAUUUAGUAAACCUUAUAUGUUUAACCUUUGAUUAAAGGACUUUGAAAACUUGCUCUUCCAAGUCUUAACUAUAAGUGGGUGUAUUUUAUGUUCUGCAUAGUGGAAAUGUAAAAGAAAUUUUGAUUUGCUUCUAUAGGUGAUUACCCCAUUUUUAAUGUGUCUUCCCUGGUAACCAUGUAUGUUA